GAACUCGCCGCCCGCUCGCUCUCUGGAGCUGGAGCCGGAGCUGCCGCCAGCCGCCUGCCUCAGGCUCUCUCUGCCAGCCGUGCGGUCAGGCUCGCAGGGUGGUCGGGGGGAGCCGGGCGGCAGAGAAGGAGGGAGCGGGUACGGCCUCCUAGCCGGGACCGGUAAGCCGAAGCCCUUGAGCCGCUCGCUGCCGCUGCCGCCGCGACCGCGAGGGACAAGGACAAGCGCCGAGCGGCGCCUGCCCAACCCCCGGAACGCGCACCCGGCCCAACGCCCAGACACGGACCGUGCGGGCCGCCCCCGCCCCAGCGCCGCCCCACCUCAGCCCGGCCCGCGCCCUGGACGCCUCCGCAUCUCGGGCCGGCUCCGGCUCCGGCUCCGGCUCAGUCCCGGUAGCUCUUCUCCGACCCCGCCGCAGCCUCCGCCGCAGCCGCAACCUCCGCCACAGCCGCCGCCUCCGCCCCCGGCCCCACUCCGCCCGCGACCCCUGCCGGGGCCCCGACCCCGGCCCUAUCCCCGGCCCCGCCUGCGGCCCCACCAACCUCCGCUCCGGCCCAGUACCCGGAGGCCCAGCCGUGGGCACGAUGCUGCCCAGCUCCAUCCAGAUUUCGGGGGAGCCGCUGUCCGGCGCCGAGGUGCGGGACAUCUGCCGCGGCCUUCGCGACAACGCCGUGCGCCUGCUCUCACUGCGCGGCUGCCGCCUCUGCGACCGCGACUUCGGCCGCAUCUGCCGGGCCCUGGCCGGGGCCACGUCCCUGGCGCAGCUCAACCUUAACCUGGGCGUCGUGUCCAGCCCCAGCCGCAUCAAGCAGCUGGCUGAGGCUCUGCGGACCAACCGCUCCAUCCAGUCCCUCUUCCUGCAUGGGAGCCCCCUGACAGAUGCGGGGCUGGCCUUGCUGAACCCAGCCCUGGCUCUCCACCCUGCCCUUGUGGCUCUGGACCUGGGGGACUGCAUGCUGGGUGAUGAAGCCAUCAACCUCAUCUGUGGCCUCCUGCCCCCAGACGGGGCCAAAUCUGGCUUGAAGGAGCUAACGCUGAGUGCCAACCCUGGCAUCACCCCUAAGGGCUGGAGCCGCCUCGCCAUUGCUGUGGCCCACAGCUCCCAGGUCCGCGUCCUCAAUCUGGAUUACAACCCCCUGGGUGACCAUGUGGCAGGAAUGCUGGCUGUAGCUGUGGCCUCUAGUCGUACCCUAGAGGUCCUAGACUUGGAGGGCACAGGGCUCACCAACCAGUCAGCUCAGACCCUGCUGGACAUGGUAGAAAAUUACCCCACAGCUUUGCGGAGCCUGGUGUUGGCUGAGAACAGCAUUAGCCCAGAGCUGCAGCAACAGAUCUGUGACCUCCUUUCUGAGGGAGAGGAGGAGGAGGAAGUGGCAGGAGGGGCUGGCGACACCCAGGAAUGGGAGAGAGGGCGGGAGCCUGCUGCCCACCAGAGGGGCAGCAGCUCCUGGAUGUGCCCCAGCGAUCCCAGCUCUCAGAUGGUGCUAAUGACGUCAGGACUAGGGGACAGUCUGUUGGCUGAGACCGAGAUGUGACUCUCCACUGGGCCUCUGCACACCAUUUCACUUGUCUAUGUCCCGAGCACCUUGCCCCAGAUAUCAGGGUCAGGCCCUGGGACUUGGGAGGGAACUGGGGUCAGGGGCUGCAUGGGGGCUCUGGCAGCUCCUGGCAGUGUGGUGGGAAGGAAGCUCUGGAAGCUGUGACUGAGCAACAGCCUUGGGGGGCACUUGAACCCACGGCAAUGCCUUUGAACUUGGCAGCUCUGGCUGCAAGCCGCUGGCUCGGAAAAGAUUUUAUGAACUCC